AUGCGAAAUCGGACGCCCCGCUCACCCUCCACGCCUACGACGUCCGCCAACCCAUCCCCGAAGAGCACACCGACGCCGACAUCCUCGUCACCUGGUCCAACAGCGCCGACAACCUCGCCGACGCCGCCCGCCGCCUCAAGAACCUGCGCUGGAUCAAUCCUCGCCGCGGGCCCCAACGACGUCCUCAACGCCGGCUUCGACACUUCGGCCAUCCAAGUCACCACCGGCUCCGGCCUACACGACUUCACCGUCGCCGAGCACACCCUCGGCAUGUUACUCGUCGCCGCCCGCCGCUUCUUCGAGAUGCGCGACUACCAGCUGCGCGGCGAGUGGCCCGGUCACCUCGGCGGUCCCCAGCCCGACCGCCCCACCGGCGCCUUCACCACCCUGCGCGACGCUCGCGUCCUCAUCUGGGGGUUCGGCAACAUUGCCAAGACCCUCACCCCGCUCCUCACGGCUCUCGGCGCCCAGGUGUCCGGCGUCGCCCGGAGCGCUGGUGUCCGCGACGGCGUCCAGGUCUACGCCGAGGAUAAGCUCGCCGAGCUGCUGCCCCAGACCGACGUCCUCGUCAUGAUCCUUCCCGGCGCCGAGUCCACGCGCAACGCCCUCAACGCCGAGCGUCUCAAGCAGCUCCCCAAGCACGGCUGGGUCGUCAACGUCGGCCGCGGUACCUCGGUGGACGAGGAAGCGCUCGCCGACGCGCUGGAGAAGGGCGAGAUUGGAGGCGCUGCGCUGGAUGUCUUCGAGGCGGAGCCCUUGCCCGCGCCGAGCCGCUUGUGGAAGGCUCCGAACCUGGUCGUCUCGCCCCAUGCUGCGGGCGGACGUCCUCAAGGGGCCGAGGCGUUGGUCACGGAGAACUUGAAGAAGUUUGUCGCUGGUGAGAAGCUCAAGAACAUAAUUUAG